CUUUCUUUCUCGACUUCUUCCUCUCUUCUUCUUCGUCUCUUCUCUAAUUUCUCUGAUUCUCAAUCCCUUUUCUUCUUAUUUCAAUAUUCUCCUUAUUCUACUUGAUAUACCCAUUUUGGAUCCUAUCAGUCGCCUUCUCCUCCGGUGCUAUUUGCUUCACAAUCUCAGUUUUGGUCGCAUCAGGAAGAUGAGAAUCAAGCGGAUCUUGUUAUUUCUAGUAAUCGUUGCAUUUUCUUCAAGCUCCCAUGUAUUGUCCGAACAGAUCUUUCCAGCUCAUUUAGUUGGAACAUUCAGCCGAAAUAAUCGUGAACCAAAGUACAAGAUUGAGUUUCUUCCUGAAGAUUCACCGUUUCACCCGGGUGAUAAUCUGGAAUCUAUGGUUAUGCUUGAUAAGCAAGGGCGUAAAUAUUUAUGUUUCUUACCGAAAGAGGAAGAAUCAACGAGUGGAUGGACCUCUACUCAGCAAAAUGUCAGCACUGUGAUGAUGGAAACCGAUAAGCAGAUCAAGCUUAAGACUCAAGAUGAACUUCUUCAGCCACUAACUGAAAAAUGCCUUCUCAGGCAAGAGGGUUGGUGGUCCUAUGAGUUUUGUCAUCAAGGGUCUGUAAGGCAGCUACACAUUGAGGAUGGUACCAAGAUUGUCCAACAGUUUUCCUUGGGGACUUAUGACCCAGAGGCAACAGCUGCUUUUAAUCAAAAUGUAUCUGAUGAUGCAUCACAGAGGUAUCAUUCUCAUAUAUACACCAAUGGAACCACCUGUGAUCUUACAGGAACUCCUAGAGAAGUCGAGGUGAGGUUUCUAUGCGCAGAAACCAGGGCAAUGGUCACUUCGAUCACCGAGCUAUCCACUUGCAAGUACGCACUGACUGUUCAGUGCCCGACCUUGUGCAAGCAUCCGUUGUUUCAGCUAGAGAAACCAGUGUCACACACGAUCCACUGCAAUUUGAUCCCAGUGGAAGAUGACGCAACAAGAAACGAGGAAGAGCAAGUAGUAGGCGAAUCACCUAAGAUGAUAGCUGAUUCUUGAUAUUUAUUUCGUAUUUUUUGGUAUGUUAUGUUGGUGUUUUGUGUUAUGGUUUUCACAUCCCAGGCUACGCUAUUUAUAAGGAAUUAUUAAAUUUUUAAUGAUGGAUUUGUUACAAAAACUUGCGAAAAUUUGCAAUGAAACAUCCAUUUCAGUCGUAGACUUACUUAACCAGCGUUCCAAAGAUUUAAUAAAAUUGGUUUUCCGGAG